GGAUUCUGAAUGAAAAUAUAAGAUGAAAAAAUACGACUCUUCUUUUUUUUUCUUCUUCUUCUUCUUCUUCCUACCUACGUCCUCCUCCUCGUUUACCUUUCUCGUCGUUGCUAACAUGCGCACAUCAUCCUUCUGCUUAUCCUGCGCCCCCUUCCUCCCCUGCAUUUGCAUGAUCACUACAAAUCUCUUCAUCUGAUUUUGAACUCACGAGUUGCUCUUGAAAGUGGCUGCUUGAAGAUAUCAGAAGAGGCUUUAUUCUGGAAAUGCACAGUAAAAGCAUGGAAGCUAUGUGUGGUUCAACCCUGCAGUUUUUUCCAUGGACUGGUUGUGAUAGAAUUGGAGGGAAACCGCAUGCGGCGGUGGGAGGAAUGAUGCUUAAUCUAAGUAUUAGGAAAAAAUCUGGCAUGAAUUGGAUAGAUUUAAGCAAAUCAGCAUGUACAAGAACUUCACCUGGGCAGAGAAAGUUUUUGGUGCUUUCACACGGUCGUAAGGAUUGUCUUGAGUCUUCAACAAUUGAAUUGGGAAACUUGUAUGCAUCUUUUGAUAAAAAUUGUUUGCUGAAGAGGAAAGCUAGAGAAGUUGCUUCAUGCCUAAAUGGACGCUGUAUAUUUCUUGUCGGGAUGAUGGGCUCUGGAAAAACGACAGUGGGCAAAGUUUUGGCUGAGGCGCUGGGUUAUUCUUUUGUUGACAGUGAUUGCUAUGUGGAGCAGGCUAUUGGUGGAGAGUCUGUGGCUCAAAUAUUUAACCAGUAUGGUGAGAAAUUCUUCAGAGAUAAUGAGAGUGAGGCACUGCAGGAGCUGUCCUUAAUGCCCCAACAAGUUGUUGCUACAGGCGGUGGUGCAGUAGUUCAGCCUAUCAAUUGGCAUUAUAUGAAGCAGGGGGUUACUGUUUAUUUAGAUGUACCUCUUGAUACAUUGGCAAGGAGGAUUGCUGCUGUUGGAACUUAUUCUAGACCUCUUUUGCAUUUUGAUUCAGGCGACGCUUACACUGCGGCAUUUGUUGGACUAUUUACUCUUUCAAAAAAGAGAUCUGAUGCAUAUGCCAAUGCUGAUGCUAGGGUUUCCCUCUAUCAUCUUGCUGCCAAUCUGGGUCUUGAAGAUAUGUGUGAUCUCACACCAAUCGCCAUAGCAAUGGAGGUUCUUGUACAGAUUGGGAAGCAUCUAAAAGGAAAAUAGCAAUAUGUCAACGUCAAUGCUUUCUUAAUAGCUGGAUUUCUGGGUUUCUGUUUGAAUUUAUUUUCUGUAAACCCUUUCUGGAAAACAUGUUAUAGGCUAUUCUUUUGUAUUGUUUUUCAGAUUAAAUGUAUAGUUAAAAGAUGAAUAAAUGUGUCAAGUUUCAACUACACAUGAUAAGGGCAUCCAAAAGGGUCUGUUUUCAUAGACCUUAAAAUGUUAUGAAACUCAUGCCUCUUGGCAGUUAUUUGAUAUAUAAUUCCUAGUAGUAGUGGUAUAAAUAUGAAUGCAUGCAGUAGUUUUAGUCCAAGAAAAAUUAAGAGAGAAGUUUGAAAAUAAAUUUCCCUUUCAGAUGAAGGAAAUUGUUUCCCCAAAUAGGAAAUAAAAGGUAUCUUUACAAAGCAAUUCAAAGUCUAGAUUUUCUAUUGUACAGAAAAUGUAUGCAAGCCUUGUAUAAAUUCUACUCUACUUUCUAGUAUCAAUUUGCAGGAAAUGUUAACCCAUCACGGUCUAUGCUGCACUUCGAAAAAUUCUACUUCUUGCGUAGUUUGUCAAGCGGAGAAAACAAGAAAAAUUGUGGCCGCAUCACUGAAACUUGAUUUGGCAUCACAAGAACAUCCUUCGGAUAGUCCUAGCAGUGGCACGAGAGAUCAGUCUUCCAACCAGAUCAGAUGGCAUGCGAAGCAACUGCUGUUGCGAUUCUUGUGGGAGCUGCGACAAAUACUCAUGGUGAUAGUUAUAUAGUUGGCGAAAAUAAGCACGUAUUUCCUUGAUAAACAAAGAUGCUCUAGUAAAUAAACAUGAGUUCGAAAG